ACUCCCUGAAGCUUGUCGUGAGCUGUAAAUUCUGAGGCUGUCCUCGCUCAAUCACUGCCCAUAUCUGUGUAAUCCUUCCUCGCCUCUGGCUGCCUGUAACAGGCCAUGCAGGACUCUCCAGACGAUAUCGGUAGCUCAAGCAGUCGUGGCUCGCGUAGUAAGGCCACUAGAGGUAAACCACCGAAGUCACUUACGCACGUCUUUGCGGAUGAAUUUGCGGAUGAUUGGGUGGAAAUCGCGGAUCAAGUAUGUGGUCUGUUAAAACUACCUGACCUCACGACGCGCAGUGGCCUCAAGAAAGUGCACUCAGAUUUGCCCGCCAUCCAACAACUUCUGGAAGAUACCUUUAAGCAUGCUAAGCGUACGAGGAAUACCAAGGUCAUGGGUGCUGUCAUUGCCAUCUACACCAAGAUGUGUAUGGUCGAUUCCAUCUUGCAAACAAAGAUACUAGAUCGAGGAUUUUACCGGCACCUGGUUACUCUCGUCGAGGAUGAUGAUGCACGCCAUGUCGCUCUACGUGCAUUGAACUCCAUCGUCUUCAUCUCGGGAAAGCAAGUUCCUUCUAAUUUUCUUGGGGGAGCACCAGCUGUUCUUAAACAUGCGCUCAAACACUUGGAAGACCCUACUACACUCGCCAUCACGACCGGUAUCUUCGCUCACGGUGCUUCUGCCGCACGGGCCCUCGGCGCCUCUUUCGACGUAGUCGUACUGGUACGAGCCCUGCUCAGUGCUCUCAAAGGCCCACACGCGACCCGAUUCAUGUUCGAACACGCGAUGAUGUGCUUCGCGGCGACUCCGUACGACACCGUGAAGAAGUGCGAACAUAUGUACCCCUUCGUCACGCUUAUGGCCGCCCUCAUGCAUAGCAAGGACUUCGAGCGGCGAUGUCAAGUUGUGUGUAAUUUAACCAAGAUGCACCUCAGGGAUCGCGACGCUUCAGGGAACGAGAUAUUGAACUCUCCGCCCGAAGACACGAAACGGAACUGUAUAAGCACGGUCUUAAUAGCCAAUAACCUGAAGAUAGAAGAUCUACCCGAGACACUUCGUAAAGCUGCGGACAAGCACGGACGAGACAAGUUAUUCAUGACACAGCUGCAGCGGGGAAGAGCCGCGUACGCCGCACUCUUCGUCCGAUACAAUCUUGAGACGGAUCCCCUUCUUCUGGGCCAUGAACUGGCGUCCUUGAUCUACGACUACCGAUUCGCUCUCCCUGACAUACUCUGCCCCGAUUGUGGACAUAUUCCCAGCUGCAAGCCCUGUAUCUCGCAGUCACCAUGGGUCGAGCUUGCUCAACGAUGCUACAAGAGCUUGCGCGAGCAGGAUUCGCCGUCGAAACAGGACUUACUCUAUGCCGAUAUGCUGGAGUGGAAGACGCUCUGCUACAAAGGUGAGAAGACGCUGUACGAGUUUUGUAAUUCCGCGAGGGAGAGACAUCCACAAUGCCCGCUGUUCUAUUACCUCCCCAGGGCCGAGGGGCCCAUUAUCGCACCCGAUUUGCGCCUACGCCUGGCGAAGAAGGGUCUCAAGUGCUCUGAUAUCCCGGAAUGGCUGCGCAUCGAGCUUACGGGGGUGGCCGUCGGGGCCGCGUGGACUCAAGUCAUGGGCGCGACGACGAACAGCCCUGUAGCUGUAACUGUGUACCCUUGGCUUGUGUGCGCUCGCUCUGAUGCGAAGUGGAUUUUGGACAAUGGCCCCCCGGACGGCUUGAUGAAGUGUUUCCAUCUGUUUGUCUACAUCUUGUCGCACGUCGUUAUUGAGGGCGGUGCAACGAGCUUCAAGGCGCCGUCCAUUCAGGCACGUACAAUUCCGCAAGUCAAGUUGGUUUGA